AGUUACCGACGCGAUAAAAUGCUUUCCGCGGCACAUAGAUGUCACUAAUUUCGGAAUCAUUGAUACCGCAAUAUCGAAAAUUUGCAUCGAAAUCAAUCCGUUGGUGAGUGUGUUGCGGAAAUUUUAAAGAAAUGGAAAAUUUAGAUAAGAGACAAAAACACACUAAUAAAACACAAUUUGAAGUGUUAGUAAAUGAAAUGAAGUUACACCCCGACAUAGCGAAAGGUUUUUCGCAGAGAGCACCAGGCGAUUUGAAUAGUUUUUGGGAAGAAAUAUCAAAUAAACUGAACGCUUUAGGUCCUCCAAUCAAGGACAGAACUGGAUGGAAGAAGGUUUGGACAGAUUUUAAGUUUGCAACAAAGAAAAAAAUGGUAAAAAAUGCAAAACACAUUUCUGGAACAGGUGGUGGGCCCUUCAGCCAAGUUUCUUUAAGUUCACUUGAAGAGAAGGUGAGUGUUAUACUGUCACUCAAUACAUCAGUGAAGAUCACUUCAAUAGAAAAUAUCCCUGAUGAGAUUCCUACAACAAGUAGUGCUAGCAAGAGACCAGUUGAGUCAAUUUUUUCCCAGCCUGACAUUGAAUUGGUUGAACCUACAUCACAUAUGACUCCCGGUCAGGUAAUAGAAUCUAAUGUGGAUGCCGAUAUUUUCUGUACUCCACAUAAAAAGAACAAAACAAACAAGAUUGAUCUUCUUACAGAACAAAUAACGAUCCAAAAAAAAAGUGGAGACAAAUAUUUCAAAACUGCAGGACACGCUUGUGAAACAUCAAAAAGAAUAUAUCUUAAUGAAACUGAAAAGGAUAAAUUAAAGGAAAUGAAGCGACAUAAUUCCGCAAUGGAAAAAAUAGCAAUAGAUAAAUUAGAAACCAAAAGGAAAAUUUUAGAACUAGAACUUGAACAUUUAAAUAAGCCAUAA